CUGGGUUAGGUUGUGCGGCUCUGGCUGGAGGCGGGGCGGAGCCCAGAGGUUCAGAACCAGCUCGGCCGCUGGGUGGGUCGGGGCGUUCGGCGCGCCCUACAUUGAAGAAGCAGUGGCCGGGCUGGGCGCCGGGAGUGGAAAGCGACGGCGCGGCUGGAAAAUGCCAGUCCAUUCCCGCGGGGAUAAGAAGGAGACCAACCAUCAUGAUGAGAUGGAGGUGGACUAUGCCGAAAACGAGGGGAGCAGCUCCGAGGACGAGGACACGGAGAGCUCGUCGGUCUCCGAGGAUGGGGAUAGCUCAGAAAUGGAUGAUGAAGAUUGUGAAAGAAGAAGAAUGGAAUGUUUAGAUGAAAUGUCCAAUCUUGAAAAACAGUUUACAGAUCUCAAGGAUCAACUUUAUAAAGAACGAUUAAGUCAGGUGGAUGCAAAACUACAAGAAGUCAUAGCUGGAAAAGCACCAGAAUAUUUGGAACCACUGGCAACUUUACAAGAAAAUAUGCAAAUUCGUACAAAGGUAGCAGGAAUCUAUAGAGAGCUCUGCUUAGAAUCUGUAAAGAACAAAUAUGAAUGUGAAAUUCAAGCUUCUCGCCAGCAUUGUGAGAGUGAAAAGCUUUUGUUAUAUGAUACAGUCCAAAGUGAGCUAGAGGAGAAGAUCAGAAGGCUUGAAGAGGACAGGCACAGCAUUGAUAUUACCUCAGAGCUGUGGAAUGACGAGCUUCAGUCAAGAAAAAAGAGGAAGGAUCCUUUCAGUCCUGACAAAAAGAAGCCAGUUGUUGUUUCAGGUCCAUAUAUAGUUUAUAUGCUACAAGACCUUGAUAUUCUUGAAGACUGGACAACAAUUCGGAAGGCGAUGGCUACACUGGGUCCACACAGAGUGAAGACAGAACUUUUUGAACUGAUCCCUUUAGCACCUGUGAAACUUGAAAAACAUCUGCACAGUGCUAGAUCUGAAGAGGGAAGAUUGUAUUAUGAUGGUGAAUGGUAUAUACGUGGACAAACAAUAUGUAUUGACAAAAAAGAUGAAUGUCCUACAAGUGCCGUAAUUACAACAAUUAACCAUGAUGAAGUUUGGUUUAAGAGGCCUGAUGGAAGCAAAUCUAAGCUUUACAUUUCACAGCUACAGAAAGGAAAAUAUUCAAUUAAACAUUCAUAAUCAUGAUUUAAGUGUUAUAUAAAUCUACCUUAUUAGUGUUACCAAAUGUGAUGUGCCAUGGGAGUAAAAAUGUAUUCAAUGACUUUAAUAGUCUCGCUGAAUCAUGAGAGACUGUGUAUUUGUAGGUGGUAUUCUAAGUAGACCUUAUACUGAUAUGUUACUAAAAGAGAAAAAAUGUUUAAUUGUGAUCAUUAUGUUUAUUUGCCUUUUAGGUCCAAUGACCAAUAGGUGUAUAUGGUAGGGGUUUCUUAUUAAAUGUUUUUAUGCAAAUCUGUGUUUAGUGAACUGUGUUGCUAAAUGGCUAAUUUUAUCUGCAUUUUUUAAAAUUUUCCAUAUCUUUGUCACUCAUUAUGUGUUUGUAAAUAAGCCUCAUAAAACGUUUCUUAUAAAUGGUUUGUACUAGUAUAUUAGUGUUUAAUCAGGAUUGAAAUUAAUCAUAUUUAUGUAUGUAUAUAUGGCAUUAUCAGCUUGUUUAGAACUGAUGGCCUUACUUUACAAUCUUUUUUACCCAAAAUUAAGCUAUUGGGUUUGACAGCUAAAAGGAGCACUUUUGUAGACUAGUAGCUUUCUUUCUCCUCUUCUUUGAUUGUAUGGUGGUGACCUAUUUUUACAAAUGAUACUUAAUGUUAAUUAGUAAAAUUAGUGUCAAGUAAUAACAUGCUUCUAUGUGUAUUUCUUGUGAGCCUUUAGAGAGCAGGUGUUUAUGCUGCAGCAUAAGUGGUGGACAGUAACUGACAGUAUUGUGGUGCUUGCUGUGCAUUCUGAUCUUCAAAACAGAUUUUUGGUAAGCAUUUUCCAGAGGUAAAAGUAGUUCCUUAUCCUAAUUUUAUUCCUAGGGCAAAAUAGACAGCGAUAAUUUCCUCGAAUUCUCAAAUUAGAAGUUUUAUCUAUACUUCUACUAAAUUCUAUAUUUUAAGGGCACUUGGUGCAAUUUAGAAAGUAUUGGCCUCUCUUCUCUUAGCCACAUUCAAAAUUAACUUCUGAAACCUCAGGAACAGUACAAAUAAUCGAAACCCUCAAUGUGGCAGCACAGUGGCUGUAGUGUAUAUUAGGGUACAACCAAAUCAAGUAUUCCUGUGGUCUUGUGCACUUUAAUGUCUGUUAUAGUGAGACUUAAGAGGAUGAGGAAGAGAUCUACUUAUCAACACUUAGGGCAGGAAUAGCUGCAUUAUUCCGUUUGUUUUCUUACUAUUUUACCUCUGCAAACAGCUUCCUGUGUGGAUCACUACUUCAUAGUUGCCAAAUGUUAAAGUAUUUGACAUCUGAAAUUCAUUAUCAGUAAAGUUAUGUACUUUGUUCUGUUUCUAAUUAACUGUGGCAAAUGUACAUAAUGUCGUAAUCUGAUAGUAUUUGACAGUACUUAUGUAUACAAUGUUUCAUAAGCAUUUUUAAUAAGAUUUGUAUUUUUAAAUUUAGUAUAUAAUAAAAAGAUGUGUUUGAGUGUCA